AUGGAUUCUCAAGGUGCCACACUCCCUCCUCAUGUACUCAUUUUUCCGGUGCCAAUUCAGGGCCAUGUGAAGUCCAUGCUCAAUCUAGCCGAACUCCUCUGUCUUUCUGGCCUUGACAUUACAUUCAUGGUCUCUGAUUUCAGCCACAACCGCCUCCUCAAGCACACCACAGUCGUUUCGCGUUUCAAGCAGUACCCUGGGUUCCGUUUCCAGUCCAUCACCGAUGGGCUUCCUGAUGACCAUUCUCGAGCUGGCCAGGAAGUCCUGGAUCUCCUGCCUUCUACCAAAAACAUAACGGCACCACUAUUUAAGCAGAUGAUGGUUGAGAAGAACUUAUUCGCCUCUGAAACCCGAAGGCCAGUUACUUGCAUCAUAGCUGACGGGUCCCUGCCGUUUGUCGGUGAUUUUGCUUUAGAGAAAGGGAUUCCCCUCAUAUAUUUUCGUACUAUUAGUGCUUGCUCCUUUUGGGCUUAUUUUUGUAUACCUGAACUCAUUGAAGCCGGUGAAAUUUCCGUUGAAGAAACGAAGGCCGAUAACUCAGUUCUUUCAGGAAGCUUUUGGGCGGAAGACCGGAGAUGUCUCGAUUGGCUUAAUGCACAGCCACCAAAAUCAGUAAUCUAUGUUAGUUUUGGAAGCAUUACAGUUGUGACAAGAGAGCAGCUAUUGGAGUUCUGGCAUGGAUUAGUGAAUAGCGGACAGAGGUUCUUGUGGGUCAUGAGGCCAGAUUCAAUUGUAGGGGAGGAUGGGAAGAAUCAAACUCCAUUAGAAUUAGAGGAGGGUACAAAGGCAAGGGGUCAUAUGGUAGGAUGGGCACCUCAGGAAGAAGUUCUGAACCACGAGGCAGUGGGUGGGUUUUUGACUCACUGUGGAUGGAACUCAACUCUGGAGAGUAUUGCGGUUGGUGUGCCAAUGAUUUGUUGGCCAUAUUUUGGUGAUCAAACGGUUAACAGUAGGUUUGUGAGUGAGGUUUGGAAGAUUGGGUUAGACAUAAAAGAUACUUGUGAUAGAGAAAUUAUUGAGAAAGCUGUCAGGGAGCUUAUGGAAGAAAGGAAGGAUGAGUUCUCGGUAAGGGCAGAAAACAUGGCAAAGCUUGCAAGAAAGGCUGUUUCUUCACUUCUUCGGUUCUUCCUUAGGCACAGUAACAGUAAGCACAACAUUCUCUAUGCUCGCCUUUACCUGAUCUGUCUUUGCAUUUUCCAGCAGCCUGAAAUGGCGAAGGAACUUGUCAGUGCUCCUCUCCAGAGACGCCACUUAUCAGAGUUGAAAACGUGGGCUUCUGGAGUCUCUUUCCAGCCUAUGCAAGCAUUGGAAAAUGCAGAGGUUUUGCGGCCAGAGCUUGGGACAUUGGCUAACGAGCUUGAGAAAGGGAAGUCCUCAAAGGGGUCCCAAAUAUCAAAAGACAAUGGAUCGAAAACGUUCCUUUGUCGGUUGCCAAAGAAGCUUAGAAUCAGAGACGUUUUAUAG